AUAAAGUCGCAUCGAUGAGGGUGUGGUGGGUGCAGAACCGUCAGGAGGGUUAAGGCCCGGGUUGUCGGGUUGUCGGGAGGGACGGAGAACCCAAUCAGAGGAGGGGUUGGGGCAGGCUAGCGGUCCAGUUACAGGGCACUGGGUCGCGGGGUUACGGCAAAAUCGGCUGAUGAUAACCCAAAGUGGCCUGACAAGAGGGCGGCUGCUGGGUCCUCAGCAGGGCUGCAACUGGGUCUAGGAGCCGACAGGUUGCUUUUCGGCGCCCAAGGCUGUGUUAUGUAUGGCAGUUUGCGGCCACAAGACGGCAAAUCAAGGCGGAACCCGGAAGACGGUUGGGGUUGAGGGAGGUGGGAUGAUAUAAGACCGGCUGGAGAUCCUGUCGUCGGAUGUCGAUGUGGCCAGGCAGCAUACUCACCACCAUCGACCCGAGCCAUGACGAGCCGUGACGAGCCGUGACCAACGCCGUCCCCUCUGCCAGUGGGCCCCAAGCCCAAGACGCGUGACUGUGAUGUGAUGCGCCGAGGGCACGCUCGACACAGCCGCCGCCAUGGAGGACAGAAGGACGGGCAAGCAUGGAGCACUGGAGGGGAUGUGAUAAAAGUGAGUGGCGACGAGAAAUGGCAAAGCCCAUGUUGUGUGGCGUGAAGGUCGGAAGACCUGAUCACAUCGAUACCUACCCCGAGCCACUGCCUCGCCUCUCAGAGUUUCUCGCCAAGGAAGGAAGGCUCUUUGGGUUUCUCAAGACAGUUCACUCGUGGUCACGCCACGGCUGCUGGCCAUCCAUGCCGAAGUACGGAGUACAUACACACACACGCUCGCUUUCCCCCUUGACCACUCUCAGCGCACUCACCUCUCUCUCAACUGCCUCACAUCCUCUGCCAUCGUCAUCCAUCAUUGAUACCGUCUACCGCUCCUCCUGAGCAUCGAGGCACCGGGGUCUGUGUGAGCUGAGACGAGGCGAAGCUGCACGUCACAACACGGCACAGGACAGAGGACACAGGAUACAGGCCAGCCGAGGACUCGGACACCGAUCGCCAAGGCACCACCGCACUCGUCGGAAUCUGGGGAAGACUGGGGAGACCGCAAACCCUCGAGCCAGUGUAGCAUUCUGCACCUGCCAGUUCGUUCCCCUUGCGCGUCCGUGCCCCACCCAGCCCAGCUGCCCAGCUGGCCCAGCCAGGACAAACUCUGAGUCUCUUCCUCAUCCUGGCCGACUCAAUACGCAAUACGGGAUCCAUUUCAUCGCUACGAGCUGUCUCCUAGUCUCCCCGUGGGGCUGGGGGGCCUGGCCUGUGUGACUGCAUAGCAGCACGCCCUGGCCACGGCUGAGCUACCACAGCUGGGUGCGACUGUCUCCAAGCUCCGUCUCCAAGCUCCGUCUCCAACCAGAGCCCCGAGGGGGUGAGAACAAAAAAAAAAAAAAAAAAGACACAGCACCAGCUGCUACGAUACACACACACACGACACCCCUGCAUGCGCCUCCGCCCCCACCCCCACCCGCGACGUCAACUCGUCCAGAUCCCUCGAUCCUUGCCUGCCAUACCAACUAGCAAAACCACCCGCCGCCGGGGGCGACCAACCAGCACCUGGCACCUUUUGAAGCCCAAGGCGGUUUCGCAUCCAGUCUCCCGCAGACCACCGACAAUUGCGGAAUAGUCGACCUGGGGUACUGACCACGAGCCUUUCGUUUUGCUUCGCAUCUCACCGCACCAUACAUCGCUCCAUACAUCGCUCCAUAUCGCCCUCGCGCCUCACCACCCCGGCCCCAUCGCAACCCGCAGGCCCAUCCCUACUCGGAACAGCCUUCCGAUCCGUGGCUGCGGUCGUUUCGGCCUUUCCCAUCUCCCCUAAGCUUAGCUGUUCUUUUUUACAACCCCCCUUCUCCGCUCUACCGUUCGAUCCGUGCCUGUCGCAUGCACACGCAGAGUGCAGCUGCUGUGUAGUUACAAGACAGUUCUGGCCCAUCGACACGCCAGCAUCGACAGGAACCCACCUCUUCCUGCCCGUUAGCAGCCCGGGGCCUCAAGGGGCAAAGAAGCUUGCUUCCCGUGCGCAAAACGCGGAGAGCCGCGACGAUACCAAGCUCCGCCGCCGCCGGCUCGCAUCAGCUCGGCUUGCUCAUCUUGACUACACCAGACAGCAGCAUUCGGGCCAUUGUGCACAGAGUCGUCCCGUGCCGGCCGUCUCGAGAGCCCACACAGCACUCGGCUGCUCUGCCGUUGUCAUUGGGCGCUGGGACCCCUCGCUAUCCAUUUUCCGGUGGGCCUUGGCGCCGUGUCGUCUCCCUUGGGCCGGGUCCAUGGUGCCGCACACCAGCCGAUCCACUGCAGCUUUUAGACUCCAGCCCAUCAGUCCCAGACGAGCGAGCCCGCCCCAAUCUUUCGCAACGGCCGCCCUGCACCACGAGACCAUUAAGGUUCCGUUCUCCUCUCGCGCGGCGGAAUCCUCCUCCUGUCUCCCGCUGUGACUGGGUCUCAGCAGCCUCAGAGGACCCAGCUCGAUUGUCUUGUCAUCUUUCCCAAUCCCUCCGCCACCCCGGAGCAUCAACUCUCAAGUCCGUCUCACAGAUCUCGUGUGUCCACCCUCGGCCGGUCCUAUAGUCAGUUGCUGCAUCAACAAGCCAACGCAGCCAGACCGCUCUCUUCAUGUUGUGCUAGUCUUGGCCCUGUCCGCACACACACAAGUUUCGCCAUCUUCGCGCCAAGCAUGAGCUGUCCACCGUUUGCCCCUCGCUCUCCUAACUUCCGCUUGACCCUUGGGCUUUCUCGGUGAACCUGCUUGUGAUGAUCUGGUAUCUCCUCUACCCGCUCAGAGGGACGACCGAGGCCCCUCUGUUGCCACCAACCCACCCGCUUCGUAGCGCAUUGACCAGAUAUGGGAGAUACGCUGCACGGCAUGUCCUCGCGACGCUGCUGAUAUCUGUGGCCGUCGCCGGUUUCCUCAUCUACCCUUGCCCCUUUCUCUACACGACCGACUACACCGUCGCUGCACCUAACCUUCCGCUCCAUGUCUGGACCGAUGCCCAGCCUGUCGACGACAGGCCGGCUGCCCAGCCCGAUGUCAUCAUGCGCACGAUUUGGGUGCACGGGAGCUAUAUGAAAGCCCUCGACCGCGACGUGCUCUUGGGCGCCCUGGAACUGCAGGAUGCGAUACUGGGGCCUACCACCGACUUCGAUCCCCGCCAGCCCACCGGUGGCGUUCCUCAGCUUGAACCGGGGGCCGACCUCACCAAACAGGAGAGAGACGCAUUCCACGUCAUCAACGGCCUCACGAACCAGUCAUGGUUUUUCCACUCUCCUCUCCAGUACUGGGCUUGCGACGCCGACAACAUCGCGCGGGAUACGGACUUUAUCAACACGGUCAACGAGAAGAAGACACAGCCAACUUCGGUCAAUGUGACUCUGCGGCAUUCCAUAGUCUUCAGCGGCAAGAAGUUUGAGGACAGGCGGCUGAUCGCUGCCGAUGCGCUGGUCAUCACCCUGCUCCACCUCCAAGACUCGCCCGUGGGCAAGCAAUGGAGGAAGAAGACUGCAGAGUCUGCCAAACUCAUGGCAGAUAAGUGGGACGUUUUCCCGAGGGAUGGCGUGACAGCUGGCUCUCAGCUUUUCGAGUUCCAGUUUCGCCCUAUUUCUAUCCAGGAUGCCAUCCUGCUGUCUUUGGCUUACUUGCUGACAACCACUUACUUCUUGCUGAGCCUCUCCAAGAUCAGGGCGGUCAAAUCCAAACUGGGCUUGAUCGUAACUGUAGUCGCACAGAUCAUAAUGUCGAUCAUGUCCAGCUUGACUGUGUGUGCUCUCUGCAGGAUCGAUCUCUCCAGGAUUCCGAGGGCCGCCUAUCCUCUAGUCCUUAUGGCGAUGAGUUUGGAGAAUGUCUUUCGCCUGAUCAACGCCGUCAUACUCACCCCGUCCGAUCACAACACCAGCAGCCGCAUUGGCUAUGCCUUCGGCGAGACGGGUCAUGUGGCGCUUGCUAGCGUGGCCCAGAAUCUAUUGAUUCUCUGGGGCCUGGCCAAGGUGGUCUCCUCCGGCGUGUCCGCAUUCUGCACCUUUGCAGCCAUCGCAAUCCUAUUUGACUUCUUCUAUCUUUCGACGUUCUUCCUCUCUGUCCUCAGCGUUGAUGUGCGCCGGACUGAACUCGGCGAUGCGCUGGAGAAGGCGUCUAUCAUGAACAACCGUCUGACUCUAGAUGGCCCACCGCGCCAGUCCAUUGUCGAUGCCAUUCUGCAGGGGCGUAUAGCACUAUCGACGCGUAUCGCGGGGACCGUCGUGAUGCUGGGCUUCGUGAUAGUGGCACAGUGGCACUUCUUGGAGAGCGGAGACGCAAAUAGCCCUGCAGGGCUUUGGCGACAUUUCUGGCGAUCCCACAGCGCAGAAGAAUCACCUCCUUAUGCUCAGAUACACCAAGCCCGGAGCCCAAGAUCCUGGCUGCGUCUGCAAGACCACGAAACGGCCAAAGAAGUUAUCAACGUCAUCAAGCCCUGGGCUCACAGCUACGUUGCUCGCGUCCAUGACCCGGUGGUAUUCGUGCUCAAGGGCGCUAAUCGGAACCCACCCGCGGGCGUGCGCUGGUUUCCAGACGCAGUCUAUGACUUCACACACCAUCAGAUCACGCCUUUCAUAGUUUCGGUACUCAUUCUGGUGGCGAUGGUCAGGCUCCUAAUGAACUACCUACUCUGGGAUGAAAUGGCGGACGUCAGGGGUGAGGAUGAUGUCGACGAGGUGCCUCUUGUCUCUGUCAAAAGCUUGGCUAAUGGGCACCAUCUGGACAUCGCGAGGCUGUUGGUCGCUCCCGACAGCCACGUGGUGUCCGCUGGGCUUGACCGAAAGAUCAGGGUGUGGGACCUGCAGUAUGACUUUGCAAGUCACGAUGUAGAUAAGCCCAGAUCCCCGAUGGACAGCCCGUUCCCUAUACAGGCGAUGGCAGUCGACAGUACGUCUAAUUGGCUGGCAAUCUUGUCGACGUACCGGGUCCUGCUCUGGAAUCUCUCCAAACAGGAAUGGGGUCCUUCGGCCCCUGUGGAUCUAUACGGACAGAAGCCGGAGGCCUUCUUCUUCGGGCCCACCAGAAACAACUCCCGUCUUUCGAUUAUCAUCGUGAGACGGAAUGGGACCAUGACUGAGAUGUUUCCCGAUAUUCUCGAGCACUCGGACCAUUUGAUCUGCAAAAGCCCUCUGAUCUCUGCUGUAACCAUCGCGGAAAAGCCAACGUCUCUCCAGUCCGAGCCACGCCUUUCCAUUGUAACUCUGUCACGACGCUCCUGCAUACACCGUAUCGACUACGUCGACGGCCUGUGGGUAUCUUCGGAGGCGAGAAUCGUUGGUAGCACCCUCAAGGAGCCGCAGGCCCUGUUGCCUGUCCAGGGCUUCGCGUCUUACAUGGUCGUCGGGAGUCAAGACGUCGACCUCGUCGAUCUCUACUCGUCUAGGGUCAUGCACACUUUCCAGACGGAGGUGAUACAGCCCAAGUCUCUCAAGUUUGUGUAUCAGGGCCAAAGAUCCGGCCCGUGUGGUCGAGGAACCAUCACUUCUCUGACACUUGCCUACCUGGGCGGAGAGGAUGCCGAGUGCGUACUUCAGACUUACCUGCCAGGGGAAGAUUAUGACAACAUCUGUUUCUCGGACGUGUCGGGUGCGCGCGUACGGUCUAGUUGCGUGUGGGCGGAAACCAGGCUCAUUACUCGGCGGAUACUCAACCCUGGUGCAUGGACACCAUUACGGAACGGUUGCUUCGUUGGCAUCAGGAGGAAGGAAAGAGAAGAUCGAGGCUCUCCGAUGAGAGAACGACUCCCAGCGUUUGCGCAAUCUGGCCUCCGCAGACGUGGACAGGCCGACUCCUCGCCAAGAAGAAACAAGGCGGAAGAAACUUGGGAGAUUUGGGUUAUAAGCGGAGUGGAGAAGGACGGAAACGUCGAGACCACACCGUUGGUCGCGCCGGACGACCCUGCCGGGCUGAUAAUAUCCACCCUUGGACCUACGACCAAGGUCGGCUACAGCAGUGCCGCUGUUGGCUUUGGAAACGUGGUCAAAAUCAUCACAGUCGGCCACGAGCGAUUCGACAACGUGGACGACGAGGCGGCCGAUGAUAUCAACUUGACAAACAGGCGGAGAAGAGCACCACAUUCCAGACCUAGAGCAUCGUCCUCGUCGUACAAGAAAUACCAGCGUUGAAAUGGAGUUUUGGGGUUGUAAUAUUACAGAACGGCAGGUCCCGGGGUUUGCUACAGAAUACCAGAGAUACCAAUGGGCAUUAUACAAGGAGCACGGUGGUUGUGAUUUGAAGAUAAACGGAAACGGGGAAGGAACAACAUAUAUAUUGCUUUAUCCAGCAUGUUAUUGUGUUAUUUUCUGGUUAUGUCUACUCUUUGUCGUAGGGGUACCACCAAUCUCACGAUAGCUGUGGCUCUAUGUUUGCACCUAGCUAGCCAGCUGCAAUAGUAC